CGUGCCGCGCCAUGCCAGAAGGGCAAAAAUGGCGCCCGUGACGGGCAGUCGUCCUCUUCGGUUGACAACGGAGUCGUUGCUAGAAGCCGUCAAAGAGUUUCCCUGCCUCUACUACCGUGGACACCCGUCGUACAAGGACUACAAGCGCAGGCAAGAAGUGUGGAACAGCAUCGGCGCUCGUUUCGGCAUCACUGGGUUCCAGGUUCAGUCGAAGUUCAAGAAUGCAAAAGACACCUACAAAAGGGCCAAGAAUUCUAAGCCCCGGCCAGGCGUGGAUGGCAAACACGGGAACAAGCCCUGGCCAUCUUGGAAGCACUUUGACAUCAUGCACGAACUCCUAGAUUCGCCCACUGCUCCAUUGGGGUUGCCUGAACGAGACGUGCCCAGCGCUGAUGACAGCGAAAGCAUUAUGAGCUUUGGCAGCAUCACCAUUGACUAUGAGCCAGACGAUGCAUGUGAAGAGAAGCCAGUGAAAAGUCAAGGCACUGAAACUACAUGCAAUGGUGUGGUACCACCUACUCACAACACAGAGGACACGAACCAGGACCUCUCGUCAGUGGAGACAACCAUGGCCAACUCUAUGGCAACAUGCGUGGAGCAUUUGAAAAUGCUUCACGAUGAGCGCAAAGAAAACGGUUUUAAAAAGGACAAGGUUUUCCAAUUUUGCAUGUAUGUGGCGAGCUGCAUCCGAGGACUAAACAAAAGUGAUCAGCUGGAGGCCAUGCAAGAAAUCAACACUGUGAUGUAUAAAUACCAGAAAAAGCAGCUUGAGGAUACGUGAUCUGUUUGUGUGAAUCAUAAUCAUUUUCAUUUUCUUGUCACAUUCCAUCUUCAUGAUUUUAUCACAAAAUACAUUUGCUGUCACCCAAACCUUGACCAGGUUAAUGCAAGAAUUCUAUUUAAGAUGUUUUUCUUUUUGCUCCAUCAUAGGUCCAAGUGAUCCCCUGCCUACGUUAUCGCCAUGAUCAACCGAUCAUACCGUAUUUACUUGUGUCCAACGCGCACUUCUUUCCUGAUAAAACGGGUCCAAAAAUUGCGUGUGCGUUUGAAUCAAGUACGACUCUAAAUCUGCAUUACCAAAUCGCCAUCGGCAUCUCAAAAUGGCUGCCUCGUACGUGCUUCAAGCCUAGCUGCCGUAGCUUCCUCCAUGUGCUGUAGUACGUGUGCUUAUGUUAGUCCACUGUCCGUCUUCCUGUUUUCUGUGUUUGCUCUAUCAGCACAGAAGUGCCGACUGCAAAGACACGCCGAGUUCAUCACGAUGCUGCAAUUAAAAGGAGUGAUUACAUGUGCAGACGGACGAGAAUCGGGCCGCAUCACAGGCGUUCGGAAUUCCCAAAACUUGUGUGCUGGACUGGCGCAAACAGAGAAGCGUUCUACUCUGGUGGCUGCCGUGUACAGUGCGGCCAUGCAGCCCCUAUUUUGGAAGCGAUCUGCAAUGGAGACAGAGUCUACGACUCUAGGUGCACCGUGCUGUGUUCUCGUCGCUUAAUUCGCAUUGAAGUGAGAGGUCGCAGAAAGGUCAAUUCGCAUAGUCCUGCUACUGCACUUCCUCACUCCAGCGUUCUGAUAAACAGUUUCCGCGGUCAGUGAGUGAGACAUGUUCAUGUUUGCUUGUGUGCAUGUGACACCAUGCUUGUUAAUUUAGCUAGUAAGCAAAUGUUCAAAAGUUCAUGCGGCCGAUAAAACUACUAUCCUUACGUUUGCUUUAGCUGUCUACUAGUUUGCUAUCAAUGCUUUGCCUUUCGGGCAAAACUGCAGCUUUCUUUAUUUAUUGCAACUUUAGCGCAUUGCGAGUAAAUCUUUGUUUUUCCAAAUGAGAGAAAGUUGUAUUUCUGUAUGAAAGAAUGAGGUCCGCAGUACUGUAAAUGACUUUUCUUGUUUUAGGUCAUGGCAAAUGGGUGUGUGUUACAAUUGAAGGCACAUUAAAAUCGAGUAAAUAUGGCAAGUGGUUUAUGACCAAAAGGAAUAGCAUUGAACUAAAGUAAUUGCUGCAUCAACCAUCCAUUUAUGUAAAUUGUUUACUGGCUUGUGUCCUUAAUAAAGUAUGUGAUUGUAGCUGU